AAUGCUUUUUUUUUUUUUUAAAUUUAAGAGGAAUGUGCCCAAUGAUUUGGUUACGGUUUGAGUGUCACUUGUGACGUCGUGACGUAAACUAGAAAAAGCUAACCUUUUGUCAUCCGUCUUGUAAAAAUUUGUAAAAGAAAGAACUAUGCUUCGAAGUAUGAAGUCCUAAAGCAUUUCCUUAAAUAUUUAUGUAAAGUUUUUAGAAGGAUUUCUUUUACGCCAAUUUAUUUUAAAAAAUGCUUAGUGUAUAUUAGGAUUAUACAGUUUCACAUUUAACCACUGCUAUGGGAAUCGUGAGGGAUCGUGAAAAAUUUAUGCAGGGCUUCACUAUAACUUUUCUACACAAAUGUUUUGGCUGUAGUAAUUCUUUCACUGAUAGUUCGAAAGCAGCACACUGGAAUCGCAAAAAAAUUUACCAACAUUUUGUCUCUCCAUCUCGUUACUCUUCUUACUAUGUAGACAGCAGUAAGCCAUCAAUAGUAUGCAAGUCUGUAGAUAGCACAAAAAGGAAGAAGCAUAGAAAUUCUAUGCAGAGCGAUUCUUCAAACUUUUCUGCUGAUAAAGAUAUAAAUGGAAAAAUCUCUCCAGAUAUAAAUAUUCAAAAGCGGAAGAGUGCACGAAAAGUACGAAUAUACUCAGAGGAUGGGGGCCUUCCCUUUUCAGAAACAGAUCACGAAGAGAAUAAUAUUGUGCUUGAGAAAAAAAUAAAAAAGAGGUCUCACUUUAAGAAAAGAAGUCCAUGCAAAAUUUCUGUUUCUAAUAAUGGCAAGCUUGUUAAAAAGUGCAAGCAAGUAGAAAGUAUAUUUAAAUCAUACCCCCCAAAAAGUAAACGAGCAGUACGUGUACCUAAACCACAUUCCCCAAAAAAUAAACAAGUAGAAAGAAUAUGUAAACCAUAUCCAGAAAAAAGUAAACAAGUGGAAAGUUUACAUAAACCACAUCUUAAAAAAUGUAAGCAAGCAAAAAAUGUGUGUAAACCAAAUAUUAAAAAAGGCAAGCAAACAGAAAAUAUUUCUAAACCAUAUCUGGAAAAGGAUAAGCAAACAGAAACUGGAUGUAAACAAAAUUUAUCAAGCAAGUGUGAAUCUUCAGAUAUUGUAAUUUCUUCAAAAAGUGGAGUAAAUUUAAAAAGGAAAAAGAAAGAUUCUUUACUAAAAGGUACAAAGGAGCCUUGCAGAGGAACUUUGAAACGCAGAAGAUGGAAUCAGGCAAAGUAUAACGAGAAUAAUGAAAAUCAUGAGGAUGAUUUAUUUGAAGCAAGAAAGUUUGACCUUGCAGAAUUGUCAGAAUUAGCUGAGGAUUCUUAUACUGAUAGCAUUGCCAUGAUACUUACUCCAGACGUUCCUGAAAUCUAUUUAACUGCUGAUGAGGUUCCCAGCACUCCUUAUAAAGAAUGCUGUACUGCAGAAGAGUAUAACAUCCUAAGGACCAAAGCCCAGGAAUAUCAUUUCAGACGAAAUAAACGUAAAGUCAAGAGCCUGGAU